AUGGCUCGCAACAAGCUGCGUAUCCUGCUCUCAUUCUACUCACUUCCGAAACAUCACACGAUUCACACUGCCCUCCUCAUCACGAACAAGAUUAAGAAUGGAGCGAAGAGAGGAACAAUCUCAGCCAGAAAGUGGCACGUGAAGAAUACCAUCCAGCUCAUAAAUCAUGUCCCCGCGAGACCUUGGCGUCGCGAGAGAGAAAUUAUUCCCGACAUCGACAAUGACCUCCGCCUACUAGCCUGUGCAGUGAUCGCCAAAGUCUACGACAUCGACGAAGUGGAGAGACUCAUAAACUCCGUGCCUGUCUAUCAACCCGAGGACGUCGACCAGGAUAUGGCGUGCGUGUUCGACUCCAACAUCUGGGCAAAGGAAGCAAUGAAAGAGUUGAGAUGGGAGAAUGUUGUGAAGGCGACCCUCGUUACUAAGGCGGAGGAAAAGUUGAACCUUUAUAUUGCCAAUCACCCAGCAAGAUGGAACGUCCAGAGUGGAACUGACGUGCAGGGCGAGCCCCCGAUCGUUCCGAUCAUCGACAUGUUUACGGGGAAGAUGCUGCGAGAGUGA